AUGGCUCCAAACUCAGCAUGCAGCCCCACCUGUUGCUGCAGGGUGCUGCCCACGAAGCGGCUUGCAGCGGGGCAGCAGUGCGGCAGUGCUGCCGGGGCACACAGCCGCCGCCUGCAUGUCUGCGCCGCCGCCAGCGGCGGCGGCCUUCAAGCGCUCAUCUUUGACUGCGACGGCGUGAUUGUGGAGAGCGAGGACAUCCACCGCAUGGCCUACAACGCCACCUUCCAGCACUUUGACGUGCGCUGCCCAGGCGGCGAUGGCCCCGUGGUGUGGACCGAGGAAUAUUACGACGACCUGCAGAACAGGGUGGGCGGCGGCAAGCCCAAGAUGCGCCACUACUUCUCGCUCAACGGCUGGCCCACGUCCGGCGUGCUGGGCGCCGUGCCCAGCAGCGAGGAGGCGCAGGCCAGGCUGAUCGAUGCGCUGCAGGACUGGAAGACGGAGAAGUACAAGGACAUCAUCGGCAGCGGGCAGGUGGCGGCGCGGCCGGGCGUGGUGCGGCUGAUGGGCGAGGCGCAGGCGGCGGGGGUGCCGGUGGCGGUGUGCUCCGCAGCCACCAAGAGCGCGGUGGAGUUUGUGCUGGGGAGCCUGCUGGGGCAGGAGCGGUUCCAGGGGCUGGACCUGUUCAUGGCGGGGGACGAUGUGAAGGAGAAGAAGCCAGACCCGACCAUCUACAAGGUGGCGGCGCAGCGCCUCGGCGUGGACCCCGCAGCCUGCCUGGUGAUUGAGGACAGCACGAUUGGGCUGGCGGCGGCGCUGGGCGCCGGCAUGCGCUGCCUGGUCACGUACACCAGCAGCACGCGCAGCCAGGACUUUGCGGGGGCUGACAGCGUGGUGGCCAGCCUGGAUGGGGUCACUUUUGAGGAGCUGGCGAGAGGCGCGCUGGUGGGCAAGGACGACCGCGUCGCCGCCGCCACCUCAGCCUGA